AACUUGCUCUUUGGGUUUUGAAUCUCUCUUCUUCUAGCAGUUUCUUCCGUCGCCAUGUCGGAGACCGCUCCUGCUGAGACGGCUGCCCCGGCGCCGGUGGAGAAAUCUCCUGCCAAGAAGAAGUCUACUAAGAAGUCCGCGAGCGGUGGCGCGGCUAAGCGCAAGGCGACCGGGCCCCCAGUUUCUGAGCUGAUCACUAAGGCUGUGGCCGCCUCCAAAGAGCGCAAUGGCCUUUCUUUGGCAGCGCUCAAGAAGACCCUGGCAGCUGGCGGCUACGACGUGGAGAAGAACAACAGUCGAAUCAAGCUGGGUCUCAAGAGCCUGGUGAGCAAGGGUACCCUUGUGCAGACCAAGGGCACGGGUGCUUCCGGCUCCUUUAAGCUCAAUAGGAAGGCGCCCACCGGGGAAGCCAAGCCGAAGGCCAAGAAGGCGGGGGCUGCUAAAGCGAAAAAACCUGCAGGGGCCACCCCUAAGAAGCCCAAGAAGGCUGCGGGAGCAAAGAAAGCAGUGAAGAAGACUCCCAAGAAGGCGAAGAAGCCCGCAGCCGCUGGCGUCAAAAAGGUGGCCAAGAGUCCCAAGAAAACCAAAGCCGCGGCAAAGCCGAAGAAAACUGCCAAAAGCCCCGCUAAGCCUAAGGCAGUGAAGCCAAAAGCGGCGAAACCCAAAGCUGCCAAGCCUAAGGCAGCAAAACCCAAAGCUGCAAAGGCAAAGAAGGCGGCUCCCAAAAAGAAGUAGGAAGUUGGCGCUUAAGACGCAAACCCCAAAGGCUCUUUUCAGAGCCACCCAGAGAUCUCUGAAAACAGCUGUGCAUUGA